AUGCCCUACGAAAGCCUGAGGACAGUGGACAGCCAGGUACCUCCCCGGCCUGAAAUUCGUCACCCCAGACAGAGACUGGAAUCUCUAAACCACCGUCAGAAAAAUCACGACCGCUUCUUCCAAAACCCAUGGCUUCCAAGCCCCCCUGUGCAAGAAGAGAAGCCCGGGCCCCACGGAGCACGAGGCAGGGAUGGUCCCCUUGGCCUCCCCUGUGAGGACCGCAGCCCCGUCCAGCGGGCAGACCGUCGAGACCGAGGCCAGCGGACAAGGGACAGGGAGGACCGAAGAGGAGGAGCCACCGGGGAGGCUGAUGCCCACAAAGAGAACAGAGGCCUGGGCAGGAGCGGGGCCGAGCGGCCACCAGCCAGCACAGAGAAGCCCAGUCGCAGAAAGAAGAGCCACCCUGGAGCCACCGCGAAAAAGGGAAGAAGAUCCCGCAGAGAGAAGGGGCCUGGCAGACAUGGCCCAGAGGAGAGGGACUUGUGGGACGAGGCCAUCCUGGGCACUUGUUACUGA